GCUGGGCGGUGCAGCAGAGGGAGGCGCGGCGGGCGCGCAGCCCCUGGCAGUGGCCCCGGCGCCGGGUGCGGUGAGGAGCGCGGGCGAGCUGGGCAGCCGCGCCAUGGCCUCAGUGAGCUUCGAGGAUGUGGCUGUGCACUUCACCCUGGAGGAGUGGGCUUUGCUGGACCCUUCCCAGAAGAGUCUGUACAGAGAUGUGAUGCAGGAGACCUGCAGGAACCUCGCUGCAGUAGGACACAAAUGGGAAGACCGGAAUCUCGAAGCCCAUUACGAAAGUCCUGGGAGGAGUCUAAGAAGUUACAUGUUACAGACCUUCUGUGAGAAUGAAGGUGGUGAUCAAGAUGGAGAAAACUUGACUUGGAAACCAAAUCCCAGUAUGAACAUGAAAAGCCCCGCUGGCUUAACACCGUGUGAUCACAGUGUGUGGGGAAAGGCUGCGCCUUGUCAUUCAUCCUCUAGUGCACUUGCCACAUCUCACACUCAGUAUAAUCCACAUGAGCACAAGAAAUAUGUGACCAAGCAGGGUAACUCUGAUUCUCUGAUAACCUUUCAACGCUACAUGAGAACUCAUGUUGUGAAUGGGCCAUGUGAAUGCGAGGUAUGUUUAAGAUAUUUCGGUGUUCCAGAUUCAUUGGAAAUGCAUCAGGAAACUCGUGGUGGGAAAAAUCCAUACCAAUACAAGGAAUGUGAAAAGACCCCUGCUAGUAUUAGCUCACUGUGCACACUUGGAGGAACUCAUGCUGUGGGGAAAUGUUAUGAGUGCAAUCAGUGCGGUAAAGCUCUGAGUUCUUACAGUUCACUUAGAAGACAUGAAAGAAUUCACACUGAGAAAAAACCAUACAAGUGCAAACAAUGCGGGAAAGCCUUUAGGUGCCACAGUUACCUUCACUUACAUGAAAGAAUUCAUACUGGUGAGAAACCCUACGAGUGUAAGCGAUGCGGGAAAGCGUUUAUAUUUCCUGGAGCCUUGCAGGUCCAUGAAAAAAUUCACACUGGAGAAAAACGUCAUGAGUGUAAACACUGUGGUAAAGCCUUUAGACGCCAUAGUGAUCUCCAAGUACAUGGAAAAAUUCACACUGGAGAGAAGCCCUAUGUAUGUAAACAAUGUGGUAGAGCUUUUAGACUUAACAGUCACCGUCAGAGACAUGAGCAAACUCAUACUGAAGACAGACCCUUUAUAUGCAAACAGUGUGGCAGGUCUUUUGAGUGUUACAGUAACCUUGAGUUACAUGAAAAAAUUCAUACUGGAGAUAGAUCCUUUGUAUGUACACAAUGUGGCAAAGCUUUUGGAUGUUACAGUAAACUACAGUUACAUGAAAAAAUUCAUACUGGAGACAGACCCUUUGUAUGUAAGGAAUGCGGGAAAGCCUUUAUAUGUCAUGGUCAUCUUCAGAGGCAUGAAACAACCCAUACUGGAGAGAAACCUUAUGGUUGCAAAGAGUGUGGCAAAGCCUUCAGUCGUAACAGUCAUCUUCAGAGACAUGAAAGAACUCACAAGCAAAUGUCUACAUGACCCAGAAAAUAGUGAUUCCACCAAAGUCCAGCUAGGCAAACCAACAGCUUUAUUAGGAUUACUUCAUGGACAACUUACUGACAGCUGCAUCUUCAAAGUGCUCCUUUAGCCAGAGUGCUCCCUCGCAGGGACUACUCCCCUGGAGAGCUCUGCUUGCAGGCAGCUCAGCUGAGUGGAGAGCCUCCUCUCUCACCGUUACUGCUUUCGUCACCUUGGAGACAGGCCUUGCGGGCCUUUAAGGCUUAGCUUUCUUUCUCUUUGUUUUUGUUUUUUGAGGGUUUCUUUGUGUAGUACUGGCUAUCUCAGACUUGCUUUGUAGGCCAGGCUGGCCUCGAACUGAUAGAGAUCUGCCUGCCUCUGCCUCCCAAGUGCUGGGACUAAAGGCGUACACCACCACUGCCCAGGGAAGGCUUACUCACCAAUUGUCCAGCCUCCCUCUUAGAGGCAGGGUUUCAAUUCAGAGGAAAUUGUUAGCAGUCUGUCUGGCUGUUAUUUUUUUUUUUAAAUGAUUUUGAACCUUGUUGGGGGGUAUAAAUGGCCAUUUAUGAUUGAGCCUUGCACGCUUCUGCCACAGCAGCCCUCACUUACCAGCUUCACCAGUGGCUGUGGGUUCUUCAGCACUAAGGUCUUACCAUCUAGUUCUGGCAUGGAACCAGGAGCAGGUCAGUGACCUUUAUGGUUUGUGGUACUUUGGAGGCCUCCUUGGCCAACAAAUUAAAUAAGAUAUCCCAUCCCUGGCACUAGGAUUUUUACUUAGUAACCACUGGGAGUACCCUCCUCAUGCAGAAUGCCUUUGUUACUUAAACAGUUUAGCUACUUUAAUCUAUUUUUUAAAAAUCUAGUCUCAGUGGGUUUGUAACUUAGGUAAAAGUAUGAUUGUGCCUGGCUGUCCUUAGACUGGUUCUGCCACCCUUGUCACUCACUCUUCAGUUGGCACCUAUACUUAACACUGAGUUGGGUAAGAACUUUAUGCAUGGAAGUGCUUGUAAGGGGCCUGUGGCAGUGCCCACACAGGGGAGAGCAUAUUUACACAACUCACUAAUAAGCAUAGUCACCAUUUGGUCUCUCAGUCCUUCAGUCCCUCCCGAGACUGUGAGCUGGAAUAAUUUGUUUCUAACUGUGGUAUGGCUGAGCCUUUGCACAUACCUUUAAUCCAAGAACUAAAUAAAAUCAACCAUAGGUCAAGAGGCAGAGCAAGUAGCCAGCUGAUGGAGUAAACAGGAAGGAGAGACAUUGAGUUGAGGGUGUUUAGGGCAGCUUGGAGAAGAAGAAAAGGCUUUUCCUGCAGGGAUGAGAGCUGAGUAGGAAAGUCAUCUGGGUGCUUUCUCUGUGUCCCUGAGCUGGCAAGUUUUCACCUCAGCACCUGGCGCUGAGUCUUCGAGUGGUUGGGAUUUUCUUUCUAGCAACAGUCCCUCGUGGGGCAAGAUGACUUCUCUGAGUGUCCCAUCAUGCAUCUUCGAGGCCGUGAUCAGAACAGGCCUAAUGUGGUGGCUCCUUUGCUUGGUGGCUAGGAUGAAAAGAUACCUGAGGAGAAAUCUGUCCUGCCCGUGUUUUCUUGCUGAGCGUGCCUGUUGCUAUGAGGGUAGUUGCUGCCGCCACCGUCCUCCAGAGACAGCCUUUGGCCUUCCAACAUGGACAAAACAGCAGAAACUCUGAGAAAUUUCCUGGCCUUGACUGCCAGAAUGAGAUAGUUCAGGCAUCCAGCUUCAUAGACUGACUAGCUACUGAACAGUCCAUCAGACACACAGCCACCAUUGGGCUUCCCGGCCCCGCUUAUAAGCUUUCCUACUGAAUCCCCUUCCAUCACGUACAGUCUAUGCAUCUGCCCUCUAAGAGUCCUUUUCAAGUAAUUUUUGGUACAGAGUAGGUGGUAAAGAAACAAAAUUGAUGGUCACUGAUGUAGCUCUUUUGGCACAAUUCUGAGCAUGCACAAACACCUGGGUGAGGUCCUAUGGACCCUAUAUACUAAGCAGAAAUAAAGGGCUUUAAGGAAGUGAUUUGUAAGUGCUUGUUACAAGAGACUUAAAUCUCAAGUUGGUUUAAUUUUAUUGGAAAAUAUAAGUCUCAAGACUGUUAGUAUAUUUUUCUUUUAUGUAUGGCUUGUAUGGCUUGCUGUCAUUGCUGUUACAUCAGUAUGCUAUUAAAGUUGACAUGUUAUUUA